AUGACUAACUGCUCAACUCUUGAGGUUCAGAAUUUUGCUUCUAGUGACGAAGGAUGGUAUAUCUGUUUUGCGAAAAAUGAAUUGGGAAAUGCAACCGUCCGGUUUUUACUAGUUGUGGGACUCCAAGAAAACCAUAAUUACCAAAGUCCUGAAGAGUGCAAGUCCUCAAGUAACGUCAUGUUAGCAGCGCUUAUUGGUAUUCCUGCCUUCAUAAUUCUUCUUCUGAUAAUUUACAUAAUCUGGCUACACAGGAGAGGUGAUAGGACUUAUGAAGAAGAAAGAAGUGUUUACGACAAUGAGGUGACACUGCAAGAUAUCGAACCAAGUCAGUGCCAUUCAAGCGCAGCCAUGCAGCCUUCUUCGGGGUACAUGGAUCUCAAAGAACCCAGGAAAGAUAAUAGCAAAGCACAAAGUACAAGUUCAGGUUACGAGCCUCCUCGUCCAGCAAAACGCUCCUGGGAAGUUCCAAGACAUCACGUUACCAUCGAAAAAGUCAUUUGUAAAAGUGCUUUUGGUCAGGUGGCCAAGGGAACGGCAGUAGGACUUCAAGGGAGGUCUGAUACGACUACAGUGGCUAUUAAGAUGCUUAAAUCUAACGCCGCUGAAUCGUACAAAAGGGAAUUGAUGAAAGAACUUGAAACGAUGAAGAAGCUUGAAAGACAUCCUCACAUCAUCAAACUUUUGGGAUGUGUUACAGAAUCUGAGGAACUCCUGGUACUGAUUGAAUAUGUCCCUUUUGGAGAUCUGCUUGGUUACCUGAGAAAGAGCCGUGGAUUAAAUGACACUUACUACAAAGACCCGGAUAUCAAACCACGAACAAAUCUGACGUCACAGCAGUUGAUGAAGUUUGCCUGGCAAAUCGCUGAUGGCAUGAGUUACCUGUCCUCAAAAUCUAUCAUCCACCGAGACCUUGCAGCCCGUAAUGUGUUGGUUGGACAAAACGAAACGUGUAAGGUGACAGACUUUGGAAUGGCCAGAGAUGUGCAACAGGAAAAUAUUUAUGAACGAAAAACAAAGGGUCGCCUCCCACUGAAGUGGACAGCUUAUGAGGCGUUGCUGUAUGGUACCUAUACCACCAAAAGUGACGUAUGGAGUUAUGGAGUUGUCCUUUACGAGAUUUUCACCAUAGGUGGUUCACCUUACCCAAGAAUGGAUGGGAAAAAAAUUGCCAACUUACUUGAGGAGGGAUACAGAAUGCCUAAACCACAACACGUGGAUGAUGAAUUGUAUCAGAUCAUGAUGACAUGCUGGCAAAAUGACCCGGAUGAAAGACCAGCUUUCACUGAAUUAAAAAGACAGCUUAAAGACAUGGAAAGUCUACACAAGAGGCUGAUCGACAUGAGAAUGUACGACAAGAAGUUGUAUGCAAACGUCGAGGAUUUAAUAGUGUAGUUAGGUACACGUCCUCAGUGUUUGAUUGGCGAACUGUUUGAACAUUUUUCCGCGACAAGUCUUAUGGAAUGACCAUCUUCGCCUUAAGCGCUUACUUUGUUAGGGAGUAUCACUUAUCGGUCAGGUAACACAAUUAAUUCUAAUCAAGUUUCAUUUUCCUUAACAGUGAACCUUUACUACGUAGAAGUUUUCGUAUUCAUAGUCAAAUAUACUGAAAUUUUGCUGUUUAGCAUCUUAACUACAUGCACGCUUGCUUGAUAGAACUGAAAAAUUUUGUUUCAUCAGACAUCAGGCCUGGUGUGUUUUAGUAUCAAUCUA